AUGGCAGAUGAAAGUAGAGUAAGUGAUGCUGGUUCAAGUGAAAGUUUACCAAUUACAGUAGAUAGCAACACCAAUACCAUGGAUACUCAAGAUUCUAUGAAAAGGAACGCCAUGCAACCUAGGUCUGAUGUUUGGAACCAUUUUGAUAAAUUUGAGGUUAAUGGGGUUGGGAAAGCAAGGUCUAGAUAUUGUAAGCAAGCUUAUGCUGCUAAUUCAUCUAGGAAUGGAACAAAAGGAUUGAAGAAUCAUUUGCUUAGAUGCAAAGAAUACCCACUUAACAUUGAUAAAGAUAAUAGUCAAACAAGGUUAAAUUUUCAAUCUUGCCAAAAUGAUGAAGGAUCACUUUGGAAAUUUGAUCAAGAAGUGGUUAGGAGGGCCUUAAUUGAGAUGAUAGUUAUUGAUCAACUACCGUUUAGCUUUGUAGAUGUCACGAUCCUAAACCAGACCCGGUUGUGA